CUCCUCCCUGCUUUUCCCCGCUUCGUCCGGUAUCUACAUAAAGCGGCCCCCCUGCCCUUCUUCUCGUCUUUUCGCGACCCUCACGACCGCAUCCUCAUCAUCAUAAGCUCGACAUUCUGCUCACGAGCUCGUCGUACGAUCCCGUUCACACAGACCUUGCACGCGCAUCUACAAACACACACACACCCACACCCAAAGUCAAGAUCACCUCCCUUGUCAAGAAGAUCAUGGGCUUCGACGCCAGCACCGAAGAGAAGGCUUUCCAGGCCGAGGUCGAGGCCGUCAAGCAAUGGUGGAAGUCUCCCCGCUUCUCGCGCACGAAGCGCCCUUACACCGCUGAGCAGGUAGUGUCCAAGCGCGGUACUCUUCCCAUUCAGUACCCUUCCAAUGACCAGGGCAAGAAGCUGUGGAAGGUGCUGGAAGGUCACGCGGCAAAGGGAACGCCCAGCCACACUUAUGGUGCGCUGGACCCUGUCCAGGUCACGCAGAUGGCAAAGUACCUCGAGACUGUCUACGUAUCUGGCUGGCAGAGCAGCUCCACCGCCAGCUCCACCAACGAGCCCGGUCCUGAUCUGGCUGACUACCCCUACAACACUGUGCCUCUCAAGGUCGAGCAUCUGUUCCAGGCUCAGCUCUUUCACGAUCGCAAGCAGCGCGAGAGCCGUGCAGGUCUCGCUCCUGCUGAUCGCGCCAAGGUUCCUUACGUCGACUAUCUGCGCCCUAUUGUCGCUGAUGCCGACACUGGGCACGGUGGUCUGACUGCCGUGAUGAAGCUGACGAAGCUCUUUGUCGAAAAGGGUGCAGCAGGAAUCCACAUUGAGGAUCAAGCUCCAGGCACGAAAAAGUGCGGUCACAUGGCCGGAAAGGUGUUGGUGCCAAUCUCUGAGCACAUCAAUCGUCUGGUCGCCAUUCGUCUCCAGUACGACAUUAUGGGCGUCGAGAACCUCGUCGUUGCUCGUACCGACUCCGAGGCUGCUACCCUCAUCACCACCAACGUCGAUGAGCGCGACCACAGCUUCAUCCUGGGCACCACCAACUCUGCCCUUCCUCCUCUCGUCGAUGUCCUCACAAAGGCAGAGGCAGAAGGCAAGAGCGGCGAUGCGCUCGCAGCCAUCGAGGCCGAAUGGACCGCAGCUGCCGACUUGAAGCUCUUCUCUACUGCCGUUGCGGAAGAGCUGAAGAAGCGCGGAGGAAAUGCCGAAGCUUUCCUCGCCGAGGCUUCCGGAAAGUCGAACAAGGUCGCGCGUCAAAUCGCCACCAAGCACGGCAUCGACGGACACAGCUUCUUUUGGGACUGGGACGGACCUCGUACCCGCGAGGGCUACUACCAGUACCAAGGAGGAACACAAUGCGCCGUCAACCGUGCCAUUGCCUUUGCUCCUCACUCUGACUUGAUCUGGAUGGAGACCAAGUCCCCCAUCCUCGCUCAAGCCAAGGAGUUUUCCGAGGGAGUUCGCAGCGCUGUUCCAGGACAAUGGUUGGCCUACAACCUCUCCCCUUCCUUCAACUGGGACGCUGCCAAGCUGAACACGGACCAGAUGAAGUCUUAUGUCUGGGAGCUGGGCAAGCUGGGUUUCGUCUGGCAAUUCAUCACUCUGGCCGGUCUGCACUCCAACGCCUACAUCUCCGACCACUUUGCAAAGGGCUUCUCCACCGAAGGAAUGAAGGCUUACGUCGAGCUCGUCCAGCGAAGAGAGAGGGAGAUUGGCUGCGAUGUCCUCACUCAUCAAAAGUGGUCCGGUGCGGAAUACGUCGACAACCUGCUCAAGACCGUCACUGGCGGUAUCUCCAGCACGGCAGCCAUGGGCGGUUACAACAGCGAGUCCCAAUUCAAGUAGACGAAGGGACCUGCAUUGAGAAGAGACGCAGCAACAUGUCGCGUAGCGGAAAACAAUGUUCCUCGUAUCUGAGUCUACGGCAAGCACCCGACGGGAAGCGCGCAUCGAGCCGCCGCCGCCGCCGCCGCCGCUCUUUGUGCUUCCUUGGGCUUUUGACCCAUCUCCUCUCCUUCUCUAAUGUCAUGACUGUCUCAUCCGCGUUGCUCGUGAUUUCCGUGGCUGGGGGGCGCUGCAAAGGUUGCGUGUGCCCGUUCUGGAUAAGCUGUAUUGUUUACGGGCAUGUGCACGGAUACUACUGUUACAUGGGAGCAAACCG